UUCAUAUUAUGGGAAAACAUCCAACUGGGUUUUGUGAACAGUGCCAAAUACCUGAGACUGUAGAACAUGUGCUUAGUAAUUGUUCAAAAUAUGAAUUACAGAGGAUGGACAUGAUAAAUGACAUGGGAAAAAUAGGACUAACAGGACGUGGAGUAAAGGAUAUAAUGGACUGCAGUAGGAGUGAACAAGGAAUUAAAUAUUUGAUUUGCUUUCUGACUAAAACGGGACUCAUGACAAGAAUAUGAUGUCUAAAGUAUAUGGGAAAUAAUUAGAACCAGAAGAUGGCAGUAAUGCAACGUUAAGGAUGCAAGCUGCCGUUAAAACCCAAAGAAGAAGAAGAAGAAGAUUGCUUUGGAAUGGAAGCAACGUCUCACAGCUCGCGUCUGGGUUUAAGAUAUACUUUUAUCUGCCUGCUUAUUAUCCGUACAGCUGGGCGGUAUUAAUUGAUUAGCAACGCUGGCGCUUUUCCACUGCAUGGUACGGCACGGCACGGCACGGUUUGCGUUUCCACUGCAGUUCAGUACCGCUUAAGAGUGGACGGGGUUGUUCACAUGUCGUUAUAGUUGCGCCGCAUCUACUGCCGUGACAUCAUCGUAAACGCGCCACAAACAAACACAACAAUGGAUCAUAUCUGUGGAAUGAUGUUCUUCAUUCUCGGCAUGUGGAUGCUUUUAACUGCAAGACGAAGGCGUUUGUUUCAAAAGAGGCUGAUGGCAGCCAAACGAGAAACAGAUAAAAAAUACAAGAGAGUUGGGGAACUCUUACAGCAACACGCAGACGACGACAACACUUUGCUCGACGGCGCGCAAGGAUCUUCCACAUUUCGUAAAAACGGUAUGCAAGAGUUGAAUGACAACAGUCUUGAGCACAUUUCCAACGCAAAACGAAGACACAUCGCGGCUCUUAUUCUUGCCCGUGGAGGGAGUAAAGGCAUCCCUCUGAAGAACAUCAAGAUGCUGGCAGGAGUGCCUUUGAUCGGAUGGGUGAUCAGAGCUGCGCUGGACUCUGGGGUGUUUGACAGUGUUUGGGUGUCCACUGAUCAUGAUGAGAUCGCGAGCGUGGCCAGGGCUUGGGGGGCUCAAGUGCACAGGAGGAGUCCAGAGGUGUCCAAAGACUCCUCUAGCUCACUGGACACCAUCCGGGAGUUCUGCAGACUAAACUCAGGUGUUGACGUCAUCUGUAACAUCCAGGCCACGUCUCCAUGUCUGCACCCUCACCAUCUCAAAGAGGCUGUGGAGUGCAUCACCAAAGAAGGGUGUGAUUCAGUCUUUUCUGUGGUCCGGCGACACCAUUUCCGAUGGCAAGAGGUCAAGGACGAAGGCUGCCAAUGUACUGAGCCGUUGAACUUGAACCCAGCUUGCAGGCUGCGGCGUCAGGACUGGGAUGGAGAACUGUGCGAAAAUGGCUCUUUUUACUUCGCUACCAAAGAACUUGUAAAAAACGGGCUUCUUCAGGGUGGAAAAAUGAAGUACUUUGAGAUGAAGCCCGAGUACAGUGUGGAUAUUGAUGUUGACAUAGACUGGCCCGUAGCUGAACAGAGAGUGCGGAGGUUUGGUUACUUCGGUAAGAACAAACCUGAAGUUGUGAAGCUUCUGCUGUGUAACUUGUCAGGAUGUCUGACAGAUGGUCAGAUCUACAUCUCAGAAAAUGGAGAGGAGAUGGUGUCUAUCAACACCAGAGACCAGGCCGGCAUCGACAUGCUGAAGAAAAAGCAAGUGAAGGUUAUUAUGAUAGAAAAAGACCCCAUAGCAAAAGCCUUAGCUGACAAGCUCUCGCAGAGAAUGAGCUGUCUGAUCCUGCAGGAUGUGGAUGACAAACUGGAGAAGGUGCAGGAGCUCAUGGAGGAAGAAGGGCUGGAGUGGAAAGAGGUGGCAUAUUUAGGAAACGAUGAGCCGGAUGUAAAGUGCCUGGAACUGGCAGGGUUGAGCGCAGUACCUGUGGAUGCCCCAACGGUCACGCUCAACCAUGCCAAAUACAUCUGCCGCAACGCAGCGGGUCACGGAGUCGUGCGAGAGUUCGCCGAAUACAUCCUACAGCUGAAAAAUGGAGCAGAAUUGAAUUUGCAGAAACACAUUUUAGGAGAGAUAGAUGGGCAAGAUUAUGAAAAGCAAAUCAGAAAUAGUGAAUAUAACUGUCCGAGGAAGGCUGCGAAAUCCGCUGCCUAACGCCAGUUCCGUCCGUGUUUUGACUUCAGUAAAUCAGUUUUGCCAAAUAAAAACAACGUGAUCAUUUUUGAGUCCAACAUUGAGAAAGAAAACAUGCAAUCUACAUAAGACAUGAUCAAUAAGGGAAGCCUUCUUUCACUAGGCCUAUUGUAAUGUUGUAAAAUAGAGAAUUUUUUUUUUAGUAACUAAUAGCUUCUUAACCUUGG